CCUGCUUCUAGAAACUUCUUUCUUCCUAGAAACAUUUGGAAAUCCUCCCGCCAGGGAGAUUGGGGUGAGACUUAACUCUCCUUUGUGUGGCUCCUGGCCCUCUUUAGGAUUUGCUUCCACUGACCUGAGGGUAGAGAUGGCGACUUCAUCCCACCAAGGAGCAGCUGGAGGAAGCCAGGCAGAGCACAGAAGCUGUGAAACAUCAGUGGGACAGGGGGGAAGACCAAGUGCCAGGCGGGGUCAGGAAACGUCCACGCUGCAGCUCCUCCUGCUAGGGAAACAGGGUGCAGGCAAAAGUGCCACGGGAAACACCAUUCUGGGCAGAGCCGCGUUCAAGUCCAAGUUCAGUGAUCACAUGGUAACCCACAUGUGCCAGAGCGAAAGUGUGUCGGUAAGAGGGAAGCAGGUCAUUGUCAUCGACACCCCGGAUCUUUUCUCCUCACCGAGUUGUCCAGAGGUUAGGAAGCAGAACCUGCAGCAGUGCUUGGAGCUCUUAGCUGAUGCCCCCCAUGUGCUGCUCCUGGUCACUCCCAUUGGCUACUAUACAGAGGAGGAUAGGAAGACCAUUGAGGGCAUCCAGGGUGCGUUUGGUCCUAAAGCUUACAGACACAUGAUUGUGGUUUUCACUCGGGAAGAUGAGCUGGGUGAAGACUCACUGCAGAACUACAUCGAUAGCAAGAAGUCUCUGAAGGAGUUGAUUACAGACAUUGGAAGUCAACGAUGCUGUACUUUCAACAACAAGGCAGACAAGAAGCAGCGGGAACUGCAGGUGUUCAAGCUUCUUGAUGCGAUUGAACUUUUGAUGAUGGAAGGCCCUGGGCCAUAUUUUGAGCCCUUAAAAAUGGAAAACAGUGGAGUUCAGGGUCAUGGGAAUGGAGUGAUAUAUGAAGGAGACAAUCCGUGUGGUUCAAAGAAGAGGCAGCGUGAGAUCACAGGACCUGAUUGUGACGCAGAGACGCCAGAGCUGAAGGUCCUUCUCCUGGGGAAGCGUGGUGUGGGGAAAAGUACAGCAGGAAACAGCCUCCUGGGCAGGUCGGCUUUUAAGGCCCAAUUCAGUGAGAAGCAGAGGGUCACAAAGGCCUUUGCAUCCAACAGCAGGGUCUGGAAUGGGAAGAAAGUUCUCAUUAUCGAUUCUCCAGAGAUCUCAUCGUGGAAGCCUGAUGGGUCUGAUGUCAGCAAAUACACCUUUCCAGGUCCCCAUGCCUUUCUGCUGGUGACACCGCUGGGCUCUUCUUUAAAGAGUGAUGACAACGUGUUCAGCAUCAUCAAACGUAUUUUUGGAAAAAAAUUCACCAAGUUCACAAUUAUUCUCUUUACCAGGAAAGAAGAUUUUGAGGAUAAGGCUCUAGAUACAUUUACAAAGGAAAAUGAUACUUUCUGUAAUCUCACCAAGGAAUUUGAAGGAAGAUACACAAUCUUCAAUUACAGGGCAUCUGUGGAGGAGGAGCAGAGGCAGGUGUGCAAACUACUGAGCCAAAUUGAGAGCCUGGUACAGUGCCACGGCAGCAAGCCCUGUGUCGUCAGAGAGAAAGAACUCUUAAACCUCAUCCUCUUGGGAAGGAGUGGGGCUGGUAAGAGUGCAACUGGGAACACUAUCCUGGGGAGACCAGCCUUCUUCUCUCAGCUCCGAGCUCAGCCGGUCACCAGUAGGAGCCAGAGUGGUAAGAGAACACUGGACUGGCAGGAUGUUGUGGUUGUGGACACACCAUCAUUCAUCCAGAUGCCUGGCACUGAAGAGGAUUCUUCCAGGCUAAGGGAGGAGAUCGAUCACUGUUUGCAUCUCUGCGAAGAAGGCAUGAAGAUUUUUGUCCUGGUACUCCAGUUGGGACGGUUCACCCAGGAAGAUGAGGCAGUGGUGGAGCAACUGGAGGCCAGUUUUGAGGAAAACAUUAUGAAAUAUAUGAUUGUGCUGUUUACACGGAAGGAAGACCUAGAGAAUGGGAACAUUCAUGAUUAUACUAAUAACACAAAAAACAAAGCCCUUAAAAAACUAAUUAAAAAGUGCAAGGGGCGAGUUUGUGCUUUUAAUAACAAAGAAACUAGUGACGACCAGCAGACCCAGGUGAAAGAUUUGUUGAAAAUAGCCAAUGCUCUCAAAAGGAACUAUGAUGAGCAUUCAAAUUCAAGGAUGGGUCAAUUAAAAUCAAAACUAGGCCAACUUACUGUGCCAUUUAAAUGAGCUCAAGUGAGCAGUUCCAAGGCCUGGGGACAAUUUAGGGACGCCAUCAGACAGAGGUGAGGGUGGAUGAGAGGAGGAAGGACUAGAUCCUCUCAGAGAAGGCUCAUGACUCUGAAGGCUGAGGGUAAAUGCAUCUCAUGGUGGAUAUAGAUAUUUGGGUGGAUAAACUGUCAAGUUAGGCCAGGCAGAAGGGAAUUAUAAGACAAAGAGAAUAUAGAAGAGAAUAUUGGAAAUGUUUCAAAUAUGAUAUUAAGGGUCAAAACCACCUCACCAGUGUAAGUUGGAUAGAGUGAGGAUUGUCACUGUUCCCAAGGCUCAGGUCAAUGUCAAGCCCAAUAAGCUAGUACCCUGAGAACCAGGGUAUUCACACACACACACACACACACACACACACACACACACACACGCUCAGUAUGGCAAAGGUAGCCUCAACAUUCCAACUUCAUUCUUUGUGCCCAGCUUCCCGGGUAUAUGACAUUUAUUUCCUGGUGUUCUGUGCAUGGUUGAGAAGAUCUACUGGAAGUAGCUUGCAGUGAGAUGAAGAAUAUGAUGUCCUCUCCAAGGUGUCAGAAAUUGAGGGUCAGAAAUUUUAAAGAUCAGCCAUUUUCAUAUGUACCUUGAGGAUAAGAUCUAUAACAUAUGUGUUUAGUUAUCUUCAAGAUCAACCUACUAAUAAUAAAGUCUGAAAAUUAAUGUUUUUGAUAUUAUAUUUUAUCUUUGCCAAGAGGCCAAGAAACAAUCCAAUUACAAUUUAAUGUCACAUACUUCUUAACACAUUAACUUGUAGAAAAUACAUGUAUAAAUAUGAGUUGAAUCAGAUAAUAAAGAUAAACUGGACUAUGACUUUA